AUGGACGCGGGGGCCGCUCACUCGCCGGGAGCACACCAGGAGGCGCGGUUCCCGUCGCUGUCUCUGCUCACCCAGCGCUCCCCGAGGGCGGGGGCCGGGCGCAAGGCCCCGACCCCCCUGGACUGGCACCGAGCGGUGCUCCCUCUCGCCGGGUGGAUGAAUGCAGGCAGGCACUCCGGCUGCCGCUCAGACAAGCGUCUCCCCGUCCACACACACUGCCAGCUGAAGCCCGGAGCUGACGGUGGGAGCCCACCCCACCAGCCCCUCCCCUCCCUCCCCAGCACCCAUCAGCUGGCCCGGGCCGUGGGGGCGGUGGCUCUGCGUCUCCGUGCCAGGCCCAGCCCCCAGAGACGCACCUGUUCUGACCUGCUGAGCAGGUUCCCAGGUUUCUACCGUAGUUGUUGGCCACAGCGUGGGAAGAAGCUCUGGGGGAGCGCAGAGCUCCGACCACGGCUCCUUGGGGUAACCGCAGUGGGGUGGGCAGAACGGGCCGGGUCCCCCCGCAGGAGCCCCCGAGGGACGGGCGGGUGCGCGGGCGCCCGAGGACUCUGCGACUCCCGCUGCCUCCGGGUCGGCGCCCUCUCCAGCUCCCGAGCCGGCUCCCAGGGAGCACUCGGCGGACCUUCGGAAACGCUGGGCAGGUCUGCGUUUGGACCGAGGCCCCUGUCCCUGGGAGCCGACAUGUGGGGGCCUGAGCUCUGGCUGCCGCUGCUGCUCCUGGCGUCGCUCACAGGCCGGGGCGCGGCGGGCGCGCUGGAGAGCGCGGACCUGGUGACCGUGGUGCUGGGUCAAGACGCGAGGCUCCCCUGCUUCUACCGAGGCGACCCCGACGAGCAGGUGGCGCAGGUGGCCUGGGUGCGCCUGGACGGGGGCGAGGGCCUGCGGGAGCUGGCGCUGCUGCACGCCCAGUACGGGCUGCACGUGAGCCCGGGCUACGAGGGCCGCGUGGAGCAGCCGCCGCCGCCGCGGAACCCCCUGGACGGCGCGGUGCUGCUGCGGAACGCGGUGCAGGCGGACGAGGGCGAGUACGAAUGCCGCGUGAGCACCUUCCCCGCCGGCAGCUUCCAGGCGCAGCUGAAGCUCCGAGUGCUGGUGCCUCCCUUGCCCUCACUGAACCCCGGCCCAGCGCUGGAAGAGGGCCAGGGCCUGACGCUGGCCGCCUCCUGCACAGCGGAGGGCAGCCCGGCCCCCACCGUGACCUGGGACACGGAGGUCAAGGGCACCAUGUACAACCGCUCCUUCGCACACUCCCGCUCGGCCGCGGUCACUUCCGAGUUCCACCUGGUGCCCAGCCGCAGCAUGAACGGGCAGCCGCUCACCUGCGUGGUGUCGCACCCGGGGCUGCUGCAGGACCAGAGGAUCACCCACGUCCUCCGAGUGGCCUUCCUUGCCGAGGCCUCCGUGAGGGGCCUGGAAGACCGGAAGCUGUGGCAGGUGGGCAGAGAAGGCGCUACGCUCAAGUGCCUGAGUGAAGGGCAGCCCCCUCCCUCCUACAACUGGACCCGGCUGGACGGGCCUCUGCCGAGCGGGGCUCACGUGGAAGGGGGCACCCUGGGCUUCCCCCCGCUGGCCCCCGAGCACAGCGGCGUGUACGUCUGCCACGUCAGCAACGCGCUGUCCUCCAGGGACUCUCGGGUCACCGUGGAGGUCGCCGCAGACCCCGAGGAGACCACGGGGAAGCAGGUGGAUGUGGUGUCCGCCUCGGUGGUGGUGGUGGGCGUGAUCGCGGCGCUCCUGCUGUGCCUGCUGGUGGUGGUGGUGCUGCUGAUGUCGCUGUACCACCGGCGCAAGGCCCAGCAGAUGACCCAGAAAUUCGAGGAGGAGCUGACCCUGACCAGGGAGAACUCCAUCCGGAGGAUGCAUUCCCACCACGGGGACCCCCGGAGCCAGCCGGAGGAGAGUGUAGGGCUGAGAGCCGAGGGCCACCCCGAUAGUCUCAAGGACAACAGUAGCUGCUCUGUGAUGAGCGAGGAGCCGGAGGGCCGCAGCUACUCCACGCUGACCACGGUGAGGGAGAUAGAGACGCAGACCGAGCUGCUGUCCCCGGGCUCCGAGCGGGCGGAGGAGGAGGAGGACGGCGACGAAGGCAUCAAGCAGGCCAUGAGCCACUUUGUGCAGGAGAACGGGACGCUGCGGGCCAAGCCCACGGGCAACGGCAUCUACAUCAACGGGCGGGGGCACCUGGUCUGACCCAGGCCCGCCCCCCCGGGCCGGGCCUCCUCUGCCGACGUGGGGGCGCCCCCCUCUCCCGGGCCCCCCCGCCCCACGGACUGCUCGACCUUUCCCUCCGGCCCCGGCUCUGGUGCCGGGGCGGCCCUUGGCUGCGUCCCUGCGCCGUGCGUGCAGGUCACUGAGUGCGUGUGUGUGUGUGUGCGUGUGCGAGUGUCGGCCGGGGGAGUGCGUGGAGGGUGGCCGUGCCCGGGACGCAGCGUGGCGAGUGCUGUGUGCGUGGCUGUGUGACCUCCGCCUGCGAACACGGGCGUUUGCUUCAGACCCCAGAGCAGUAUUAGUGACGCAGAGGCUGGAGACGGAGGCGGAGACGGCGGGCAUCCCCAGGUGUGCGGGCACCGCUGGGGCUGGAACCUGGCCUCCCGAGUGGGGAGCUGGGCUCCCACACUGGGCACCGAGGGCGCGUGGGGACUCCCGCCGCUGCAGAAGCCGCCCCCUGCCCUCUGCCGGCCCCGGGGCCUGCUGCACGGACACGCUCCCUUCGAGGACCAACGUUCUGAACACUUUGAGAAGAAAAGGACUUAAACAGACUUCUGAUUUGUAUGAAGUCGCUU